CCCCCCCCCCCUUCUAUAUCCACGCGCGCACUCCCCAGCCAGGUGAGAGACAGAUGGAGCUGGACAUCCCUCUGGCGGAUAGCGCCCCCCUGAUGGCGGCUGACCAGGUCAGUGCGCUCGGCCAGCAGGCCAUUGCCCCUGAGCCUGUGCCUCUGAGCCUCAGCUCCACCUUUACCAUGCCGUUGGCCCAGGCCCUGGCCGACGGUCCGCUGGAGUCGCUCAUUUGCACUGGCACCUCCUACCAAACUCACCAGCAGGUGAAGGACAACAACCGAGUCUACUGCGUGGACCAUGCCUACGACGCCAUCAACGAGCUUAAGUCCUCCUUCGAUACGGUCCCUGACGCGGUUUUUACGACCGCUCGUGCGGUGACCAAUCCCUUCGAGUCCCUCGGUAGCGGCCCGUACCGGACCCGGACGCCGAUCAAGCUCCUGCUGAUGGACGCCGAAUUCGAUCUGGCUCCCCUGCUGCCGAGCGUGCAUGACACCUUCUACUUCGCGGAGAUUGCCCCGGUGGCUGGUCUUUUCGCGGAGUACAUUUUUUCCAAGCACAACAUUUCCGCUCAGGGCGUUUGCAUGAAUCUGUCUGCGCAACGCGCCGGUCGCCUGCCCCCGAGGCUCAGUCCCGAGUUGCGCGAAAACCUGCACACCUUCACCAACAAGAUUGCAUCCGCCAGUCUCAUGAGCACCGAGGUCAUCCGUGACUUUGUGAACUUCACCAAACGCUCCUUCGAUGGGGAACUCUGCCAUUUCGUCAUCGCCGAUGGUACCGUGAAUACCAAUCAGGCACCCAAUCAGCAGGAGCAACUUGUGCGCCAUCUGGUCUUCUGCGAGAUGCUCACCGGCCUCAGCAUUCUGCGGAAAGGCGGUAGCAUGGCUCUCAAGGUUUUCGACACCGUCACCCCCUUUAGUGUGGGGAUGAUCUACAUCCUGACGCGUCUCUUCAAUUCCGUCCAUUUGGUCAAGCCGUCCUGCUCGCGGCCGGCUGGCUCUGAGCGGUACCUGGUCUGCCGGGGGUUCCUCCAGAGCGAGGAACUGGUGGCUCUGGAAACUGACGACCAGCGCGCCGGAGUCCUGUCCUCGGUCCUGGACAAGCUUUUCACGAUCAGCGAAGAGCUGAGCAAACUCCGGAUCCACAACCUUGGCCUCGCCGAGCGCCCGGAGAACCCCAUCACCGACCCGGUGCUCUUCGAUCAAAUCGUGGAUCUGGUGUCGCCGGAGCUGCUGGCCCUGCCGGCCGCCCUGGCCCCCGGGAAGGAGCUCCACCCGCUGGUGUCGGAGAUUGGGGCGUCGAACAAUUUGCACCUGGACCACCAGUUCCGCUACCUGCGCCUGAUCCGGGACCUGGUGGACACCUGCCUGGAUGCCGAGCAGGGAGUCUACUCGGUGGAGGGGCUGACCGUGGAUCUGGUGCAGCCCGAGCACCAGGAGAUGUGCCGCACUCUGCUGCGACAGGUUGGCCUGGGAGGGACAUCCAUCCUGCCGGCCGAGCGUCUGAUCGGCUCCGGCAUCCACCAGCUCCAUGGCGGGGAGGACCGGUCGCGGCUGCUGCCGAAGCGCCGCCCGGCUGCCGGUGCCCCGGUUCCCCUGGCCAGCGGCGAGCAGGAGCCCAAGAUCUUCCGCGACCGUGGCUUCUCCGACUUCGUGCAGGACUCGAACAAUCCCCUGGGCGCGCGCCUAAAUGUGCCGACCCUGCGCACGGUCCCCCUCGGGACGCUGGAGCAUGCCGACACGGCGUCCUUGAGUCCGGCCCUGCGCCAGCGCCUUGGCAUGGUGGUCGAGGCCACCGGGCCAGCUGGGGCCGGGUUGGACAAUGGCGAUGUCUUUGACCAGGCGGCUGGCCGGCUGUCUUCCUUCCGUGAUCGGGGUUUCUCGCGCGUCGGCGAGGAUGACGAUGAGGAGGAGGACAAUGAGCCCCGGGCCGCGGACCGCUGGGGAAGCGGCGCGUCUCGCCGCGGUGGGCGCUGGGGCGCCACCGGUGGCCACCCUCGUGCCGGCGCCGAUCCCUUCGAGUCGAGUGCGCGCCUGCGGCCGGAGGGUCGCGGGCGCGAUCGCGAGCGUGAGCGCGAUCGUGAUCGCCACCGCGACGAUGAUGACGACGCAGGGGCCGCAUGGCACCGGGAGGAGGGUGGCGGUCGGCACCGGCUGGCGCACCGUCUGUCCACGGUGGCCGAGACUCGGCCGCCGCGCCGGCACCGCGAUGACGACUACGAUGACGGUGGCGAGUAUGGCCGCCGGCGCCCGCACCACCGGGAUUCCUCGCAUUCGUCGCGCGGCUUCGGAAGCCGCGGCGGCGGCGGCGGCGGCGGCGGUACUGGUGGUGGCCGCCGCAGCGGCGACUCCCGUCGGCAUACGGACUCGCGCGAGAUGGAUGACGAGUUUGAACGGUAUAUGGGCCGCGGCUAGGUUGGCGCUUGCCGGGCGAUCGCUCCCCCCGCCGCCGCCAGCUGCAGGGAGCUGAUGGGGGCAGCGUGGUGCACAAUCAAGAUCGCUGGCCCUCGCCAUGUCUCGCAGCAAGUGCACCCGCUGUUGUCCCCUCCCGCCUGUGAGUGCAGCGCGACGCCCAGGGGGGGCGGAGCAGGGGGGUGUCCCGCCUCGUGAGGGGCCCGACUACCGGCGCCCAGUUGGCAACUGCAUGCUACGUACUUCACCCGUCGACCAGCACCCAGAACCUCCCUUGGAAUAUAUUUAUGCGUGUAAAAUGUUUAUCACAAUAGGGGCAGCAGGACUGGGCUGAAUUGCGAGGUGGGUG